ACCCCACAGGUCGGAUUCCAUCCAGCUAGCAGGCUAAUUUAACUACCCAGAGUCUUGACACUGUGGCUAGCGGCUAACUAACAGCUGAGCUAACUUCACUGACUGUCUACCCUGGACCGGCUUACAUGAGCUAACGGCUGACUAGCAGCUGAGCUAACUUUACAGUCUGUUUACAUUGGGGCUAACACGGAGCUAAGGGCUAAGCGGCGCUCAGCGGGAUGUUCGGCUGCCUGGUCGCCGGCCGGUUGGUGCAGACCGACGCCGUGCAGGUCGCCUCGGACAAGUUCGUGUUCAACCUGCCGGACUACGAGAACGUGAACCACGUGGUGGUGUUCAUGCUGGGCACCGUGCCGUUCCCCGCCGGGAUGGGCGGCGCCGUCUACUUCUCCAUCCCGGACUCGGCGAGCGGCGGCCCGGUGUGGCAGCUGCUCGGCUUCAUCACCAACGACAAGCCGAGCGCCAUCUUCAAGAUCUCCGGGCUGAAGGCCGGGGAAGGCGGGGCGCACCCGUUCGGCGCCUCCUCCUCCGGGUCGCCCUCCGUGGCCCAGGUCGGCGUGUCGGUGGAGGCCGUGGAGCAGCUGGCCCAGCAGACCCCGGUGAGCAGCGCCGCCGUGUCCACCGUGGACUCCUUCCUGCAGUUCACCCAGAAGAUGCUGGACAACUUCUACAACUUCGCCUCGUCGUUCGCCGUGUCGCAGGCGCAGAUGGCGCCAAACCCUGCGGAGACCUUCAUCCCGUCCAGCUGCAUCCUCAAGUGGUACGAGAACUUCCAGAGGAGGAUGGCACAAAACCCGACCUUCUGGAAGAACUGACCAGAACCGAGCCGGGUCAGACCAAAGACUGCAGCUCCACAGUGCCUCCAGGUCAACAAGUGCUGCACCUGCCUGAACUUUAAGACUUUAAAUCAGAAAAUAAACACGUGAACAGGUGGAUGCCUUCAUGCAGAUGAACCUGUCUGAAGUCUGAGACAUCUGUUAAACGGUCUGACUGACUGCUUCUCAACGUUUCAACCACAUCUCAUGUUUUCAUUCUUUAAAUCACAAGAAAAUAAAGUUUCAGAGCUCACAGCACCAAAACAAACACAAAAGUUCCUGUAAAAUCAACACAUCAACUAAAGGACCUGCUUACUGCGUUGUUCCAGAGCUUUCACCCACACCCCAGCUGAUUAAACUAAUUUAGGUAUGUCUCUAUGGAAAGGUUUGCUUCGUGGAGCUUCUGGACCUUUCAGCUGGUAUUCAUCAGCGUUCAAACUCUUACCGGUGUUUUCCAGAGCUUCCGACCACAUCUCACGUCCUCCUCAGAGGAUGGAGUUUUCCCCUUCAUCUGUUUUCAGAUUUAAGCUGAUUCCAGCUGCAGAGGAGGACCAUGUGGUGCAACCGAAAGCUCCGGGAAAACCUGCUAUACAAACCUUAGCAGAGAAACAUGUUUAAAUUAAUUUUGACCUAAUUUUCUCUCAUGAAGAGGACCAUGAGAUGAGGUUGAAAGCUGUUUAAAAAGUCAGUAAGAGCACUGUUAAGAUGAAAUGUAGAAAAAUGUACGUGUUAAGGAGGACCAUGAGGUUCGGUUGAAAAUACCAGGGAAAAAAAGCUGCAAAAUGAACCUUAAGUUUGACAUUUUGCCUUGUUGUUGUGUUUAUGUGUGCUUUAAACAUUUUGUGCACUUACUCGCUUCUGCCUGAGCUUUCAACCACAUUGAACUUUGUUCCUGCAAUCUGAAGGUGCCUUUACUGGCUUUAUCCAGAGCUUUCAACUGCAUCUCAUGGUCCCCCUCUGCAGACAGCUUUUGUGUAGCUCCACUUAAAUGAAAUUCUGUUGGUUUGCUUUUAAAGCUCAUUCAGAGUUUCCUCAUUGAGGAAGACCACAGGGUGAGGCCUGCAUAGGAAAUUAGUAAGUUGACGUUGAGUGAAGUUCAGUCAGUCUGAACAGAAAGCAGGAAAAUACUAGAGUAUGAAUCUGAAGUAGAUGUAAUAAAUAAAAUAAAAAUGGUAAAUAAAUGACAAAUAUUACAACAGUGAUGUUUGGCAGCGUGUUUCUAUGUUUUAGAUUUUCUUUGAACGGGAAGAAAACAGGAAGUGUCACAGCGCUCCCAAAGCCUCAUGGGAUCUGUAGUUGUCUGAAGUAUGUCUCGUUUUUAUGGAUUAUUAUUGAACUUGUUUUUCAUGCUUCAUUUCUCUGAUUUCUGCAUCCUGCUGCAGAAAGUUUUUAUUCAAAAUCGAUUUUGUUUAGCAUAAAAAUCUGAAUGUGAAUUAUUUGGUCCAAGUAGGAUUUGUGACAUUUGUGUGUUUUUUUGUCUUUCAUGGCGGUUGGGUUUCACAUUACUUUAUGUCAAGUGCAAAACGUGACAAAGUUUACUGAGAAAAUAAAUAAAAUAUUUUGAAAACAUCUUUAA